AUGCCGUUUGUUAAACGAACACCACCGCAACUCGAUGCGGCUAGUACAUCCGAAGCUUCAACUGGACAGACAGGGACAGAGCGAUAUGAUUCGGACCCAAGCAAUGAACAAACUUCAUACGGUAUUACCAAACGUCAAAAACGUAAAAGAGAGGACGAUCUUGGUACGCUGCGGCGCGACAUGACGGAAAUGUUUGGAAAUCUGAAAUCGGAAAUCUCUGAUUUAAUGAAUAGUUUCAAAUCGCAACAGGACAAAAAGCUGUCACUUAUACAAGCCAGCGUCGAUUAUUUGACCACAAAUUUAGCCGAACUUAAACAAUCUGUUGAGUUCUUCUCUGAAAAAUAUGAUGAAAUACAUAAUAAAAUAGGCGUUUUGGAACAGGGAUAUAAAGAAUACCGUUGCGUCACGCAAAUGCUUGAAACAAAAAUUGAAAACUUAGAAAAACAACUUCGGAAUACAAGUAUAGAAAUUCGCAAUAUUCCUAUGAAGCCACAAGAAUCAAAAAAUGACUUGGUACAAAUUGCUAUUAAUACUGGGAAGGCGCUAAAAAUUGACAUUCAGAAAUCCGAUAUAUCUGACAUAUUCCGUAUUCCAUCCAAAAAUUCAACAAAUAAACCUAUAAUAGCCCAAUUAAACACCACAUUACUCAAAGAAAACAUCCUGUAUGGAAUAAAGAAAUUUAACAAGGACAAUGCCAACAAUAAACUUAACACGAAUCACCUUCAAAUUGAGGGACAACCACGUCCGGUUUACAUAUCCGAGAAUCUAACACAAAAAAUGAAAAAGAUUUACUUUCUGGCUAGAGAUUUUGGAAAACAAAACAACUAUAACUACUGUUGGAUUUCAAAAGGGAAAGUAUAUAUGCGUAAGCAAGAAGGCUUUCCACUUAUAAAAAUCGAAUCUGAGGACGACCUGAAAAAUCUCUCCAGUCAGAUAUGA